CCAAGAUGGCGGACGUUGAAAUUGUAAAAACGUCACCUGAGAAAACGCUGGAAGCAGCCGAUAAUUUUGACAUGCCUCCACCUUGCAUUCCAUCAACACUCCAAGAGAAGGCGAAAACGGACAAUGAAGGAUUAAAAAGAACGUCUUCCAUGACAGAAAAGAAGGAGAGAACACCAGAAUUGCCCUACAAGGUUCCCUCGUGGAGUGGGGUUCCUGAGGACUUGUACAGCUUAGAAGUUUUAAAGAACGGAUGUAUUAUCUCUAACAUCGAUCUUACUAGUAAACCAUUUCAUGUUUUUGGGAGACUUCCUAACUGCGACGUUAGUUUAGAACAUCCCUCGGUUUCUAGGUACCACGCAGUUAUCCAGUACAAGACAAGCGACAGCUCGAACAGCGAGAAAGGUUUUUACAUCUAUGACCUCGGUAGCACACAUGGAACCACUGUAAACAAGUCUCGUAUUGAACCCAAACGCUACUACCGGCUGCGUGUUGGAUACGUGUUCAAAUUUGGUGGAAGUUCAAGGUUAUUUAUUCUUCAGGUAAGGAAAUACACUCAUUGAAAAAAGCUUAUAUGAAAUGAAUCAUAUUUUGAACUGCGGAUAAAGAUAAUUAUGAAAGUGUACAGGAUCCUCCGAAGUGGAAUGAACCACAUAAGUGGUUGAAAAAGAACUUGAAAAAUCUCAGGCUUUACUGGGAAUCGAACCUUAAACAUUGAGUGUGGUCAUUGUAAAGGUGACCAGGGAUCACUUCCUGGUCAAGCCUGAAAUUUUGCAGGUUCUUUUUCUACAGCUUAGGUUGUUCAUUCUACUGUGGAGGUCAUUGUUAUGAAAUACAUGUAUCCCAGGUGGGGUUACUCUGGAUUUCAUUUGACGUAGAUGAUCGAAUGAUAGCAGAAAUCAAAACCCCCCAAAAAUCCUUUGGCCAUUUGGGUAAAAUUGAACAGUAGGCACACUACAGUCGCGGAAUAAAAGAAUCGCGAAAAUUGGAAGAAUCAUAUAAUCGGAGAUCUGUCUUUAAUACAAGCUUGCUUAAUCCCAGAAUGGUAAAAUUUGAGGAAAUCUGUAGUGCUAAAUAACUGGAGAAGAAUACCCCUAGAUCGGUUACUGUGUAUACUGUUUUCCGAUUUAGCACUUAUCCCAAUGCCCUCCAAAGCGAAGAAGAAGUCGAGGGUUUGUAUAACUUUUAAGAAUUCUCCUAACCCUUUGAGUGUUAUAUAUUAGGCUACGCAAACAAAUCUUUGUUGGUAAAUUUUAUCUCAAUGCAGGGCUUGACAUUGCGGCCUGUGGGGUCGCCAAUGCGUCCAGCUUUUACUCAGUGGCGACUAAAUUCUAACACCUGGUUGCCAACCUGGCCCCCAAGAUAGGUGAUUUUCUUCUUUGGGAAAACUUACACUAAUGAUAAUUUGUUAUCCUUUCCAAAACUAAUGGAUACUUAACGGUUUUUCUAACGCUCUAACAUUUUGCCCAAACGCUUUAACGGUUUAUCUAAAUGUUUUAACAAUAUUAUUUGUCUAAAUGCUUUAAUCAUUUCUUCCAACACUCUAAUGGAUUGUUCUUAUGAUCUAACAAUUGGUCCGUCUAACAUUUGACUUUUACUUGAAAGAGGAAUGUGAAAAUCACAAGUGACUUUUGGGCAAAUCGAUCGCAAUUCUCAACAGGUCGUCCCAUGUUUCUCUGGGAAUGACUUUUAGCGCAGCGACUUAAAACAGUUUCUUUAUGCCGAACAUGUAUCUUGAUUAUGGACUUGAUAGUAGACUAGUCUGAUAAAAGCUUAAGCUAUCCAAGAACAAAUGGCACUUGUUUCUCAAGCUUUUUGUAAACAACUUUAUGCAAAUUUCUGUUAAGCAGGAGAGCCCAAAUAAAAGUUCGGCCAUAUUUUAUUGACUUAUAAUGAAGUACCAUUGAACUCAUGCUGUUUGUCUAACAGACUUCUCGCAAAAUCAACUUCUUUGCCCGAAAAGAUUAGCGACUUUUCCCCUUUCUGAAGACUUUUAAUCACGUGCUAGGUAACUGCAAAAUAGAUCAAGUUUCACCGACGUUCUUCUGAACAUGCAAAUACAUGGGACACAAAACAAAUUUUGCAGAUUUUUUUCUUUAAUAACCCAAAUAAGUUUUUUUGUAAUUCCUAAAGCUUGUUUAUCUAAAUGUGUAUUCCAUUGCUUGUAUACCUGUUUGAGGAGAUUUGCGCUUGAGUGUGGGUUCAUUAUCCGAAACACCGGCUGGUAAUCAAGCCUCGAGCAAAAACCGUUUGAAAGAAAGUUCAAAGGAAGUCUAAAGCAUUCUUUUUCUGUUAAGGCUAUGGAAAAGAUGUUAAGUUUAUUUCAUUCUUUUAGUUCUGAAAUAUAAUUUUUGGCAACUAGAGUACUAAUUGUUCUGGUGACCAAAAAUGAAAACUUGGGGGCCAGCUGACCCCAACUUUUUUUUCUGAAAGUCGAGCACUGCAAUGACAGGUUGUGACUUGAUUGAAAGCUUUCUUCUUAAGAUUUAGCACUUAUCCCAAUGCCCUCCAAAGCGAAGAAGAAGUCGAGGGUUUGUAUAACUUUUAAGAAUUCUCCUAACCCUUUGAGUGUUAUAUAUUAGGCUACGCAAACAAAUCUUUGUUGGUAAAUUUUAUCUCUAUGCAGGGCUUGACAUUGCGGCCUGUGGGGUCGCCAAUGCGUCCAGCUUUUACUCAGUGGCGACUAAAUUCUAACACCUGGUUGCCAACCUGGCCCCCAAGAUAGGUGAUUUUCUUCUUUGGGAAAACUUACACUAAUGAUAAUUUGUUAUCCUUUCCAAAACUAAUGGAUACUUAACGGUUUUUCUAACGCUCUAACAUUUUGCCCAAACGCUUUAACGGUUUAUCUAAAUGUUUUAACAAUAUUAUUUGUCUAAAUGCUUUAAUCAUUUCUUCCAACACUCUAAUGGAUUGUUCUUAUGAUCUAACAAUUGGUCCGUCUAACAUUUGACUUUUACUUGAAAGAGGAUUGUGAAAAUCACAAGUGACUUUUGGGCAAAUCGAUCGCAAUUCUCAACAGGUCGUCCCAUGUUUCUCUGGGAAUGACUUUUAGCGCAGCGACUUAAAACAGUUUCUUUAUGCCGAACAUGUAUCUUGAUUAUGGACUUGAUAGCAGACUAGUCUGAUAAAAGCUUAAGCUAUCCAAGGACAAAUGGCACUUGUUUCUCAAGCUUUUUGUAAACAACUUUAUGCAAAUUUCUGUUAAGCAGGAGAGCCCAAAUAAAAGUUCGGCCAUAUUUUAUUGACUUAUAAUGAAGUACCAUUGAACUCAUGCUGUUUGUCUAACAGACUUCUCGCAAAAUCAACUUCUUUGCCCGAAAAGAUUAGCGACUUUUCCCCUUUCUGAAGACUUUUAAUCACGUGCUAGGUAACUGCAAAAUAGAUCAAGUUUCACCGACGUUCUUCUGAACAUGCAAAUACAUGGGACGCAAAACAAAUUUUGCAGAUUUUUUUCUUUAAUAACCCAAAUAAGUUUUUUUGUAAUUCCUAAAGCUUGUUUAUCUAAAUGUGUAUUCCAUUGCUUGUAUACCUGUUUGAGGAGAUUUGCGCUUGAGUUUGGGUUCAUUAUCCGAAACACCGGCUGGUAAUCAAGCCUCGAGCAAAAACCGUUUGAAAGAAAGUUCAAAGGAAGUCUAAAGCAUUCUUUUUCUGUUAAGGCUAUGGAAAAGAUGUUAAGUUUAUUUCAUUCUUUUAGUUCUUAAAUAUAAUUUUUGGCAACUAGAGUACUAAUUGUUCUGGUGACCAAAAAUGAAAACUUGGGGGCCAGCUGACCCCAACUUUUUUUUCUGAAAGUCGAGCACUGCAAUGACAGGUUGUGACUUGAUUGAAAGCUUUCUUCUUAAGAUUUAGCACUUAUCCCAAUGCCCUCCAAAGCGAAGAAGAAGUCGAGGGUUUGUAUAACUUUUAAGAAUUCUCCUAACCCUUUGAGUGUUAUAUAUUAGGCUACGCAAACAAAUCUUUGUUGGUAAAUUUUAUCUCUAUGCAGGGCUUGACAUUGCGGCCUGUGGGGUCGCCAAUGCGUCCCGCUUUUACUCAGUGGCGACUAAAUUCUAACACCUGGUUGCCAACCUGGCCCCCAAGAUAGGUGAUUUUCUUCUUUGGGAAAACUUACACUAAUGAUAAUUUGUUAUCCUUUCCAAAACUAAUGGAUACUUAACGGUUUUUCUAACGCUCUAACAUUUUGCCCAAACGCUUUAACGGUUUAUCUAAAUGUUUUAACAAUAUUAUUUGUCUAAAUGCUUUAAUCAUUUCUUCCAACACUCUAAUGGAUUGUUCUUAUGAUCUAACAAUUGGUCCGUCUAACAUUUGACUUUUACUUGAAAGAGGAUUGUGAAAAUCACAAGUGACUUUUGGGCAAAUCGAUCGCAAUUCUCAACAGGUCGUCCCAUGUUUCUCUGGGAAUGACUUUUAGCGCAGCGACUUAAAACAGUUUCUUUAUGCCGAACAUGUAUCUUGAUUAUGGACUUGAUAGCAGACUAGUCUGAUAAAAGCUUAAGCUAUCCAAGAACAAAUGGCACUUGUUUCUCAAGCUUUUUGUAAACAACUUUAUGCAAAUUUCUGUUAAGCAGGAGAGCCCAAAUAAAAGUUCGGCCAUAUUUUAUUGACUUAUAAUGAAGUACCAUUGAACUCAUGCUGUUUGUCUAACAGACUUCUCGCAAAAUCAACUUCUUUGCCCGAAAAGAUUAGCGACUUUUCCCCUUUCUGAAGACUUUUAAUCACGUGCUAGGUAACUGCAAAAUAGAUCAAGUUUCACCGACGUUCUUCUGAACAUGCAAAUACAUGGGACGCAAAACAAAUUUUGCAGAUUUUUUUCUUUAAUAACCCAAAUAAGUUUUUUUGUAAUUCCUAAAGCUUGUUUAUCUAAAUGUGUAUUCCAUUGCUUGUAUACCUGUUUGAGGAGAUUUGCGCUUGAGUGUGGGUUCAUUAUCCGAAACACCGGCUGGUAAUCAAGCCUCGAGCAAAAAGUUUAUUUCAUUCUUUUAGUUCUGAAAUAUAAUUUUUGGCAACUAGAGUACUAAUUGUUCUGGUGACCAAAAAUGAAAACUUGGGGGCCAGCUGACCCCAACUUUUUUUUCUGAAAGUCGAGCACUGCAAUGACAGGUUGUGACUUGAUUGAAAGCUUUCUUCUUAAGAUGGCAUCCACUGGGGCAAAGGAAACAUAGUCUAUGCCUCACGUAAAGAUGCAAAAAUUAUGUUAAAACAUGUUUAAGCCACUUGUGAAUCUGAUAACGUAUUUUCGCAAGUAGCCACAAAACAUAAUAAGUGCUGUUCUGACUCCAACAUCAUUGCUAGCAAAAACCAGCCUUUAGGUACCUUAAGAAGUUAGCUUCAUCUGGGAUUUGAAGACAAAGAUUUAAAAUAAAUUCUGAGAGAAAUUUAUGUUUGGUGGCCUCCUCUUUUUUUGAAGGGGCCUGAGGAACCUGAAGAAGCAGACACAGACCAAGCUCCAGCUGAACAAGUUGCACCCAAAAGUGUCAGUGAAGUGGGACGAGUAAUGACUGAAGAAGAGUAUGAGGAAUGGAAGAAAGAAAGGGAGGGAAGCAAGGAACAUGAACAAGAUGGAGGAAUAGAUUGGGGAAUGGGUGAGAUAAAAACACUGAAAACCCUACCUUUAAACUAAUGCUUCCACAGAAGCAAUCUAUUGUCUUCCUCUCCAAAUCUUUCAAAAUAUGAUUUAAUAUUAAAUUUUUUGAAGAAAAUGAGAAACUGCCAAUAUUAAUGCAUUUUGUCUAUUGAUCCUUUUGCUAUAUUCCUAAGUAAUUAAGCUGAAAGCUGUCAUCUGCUUAGGAAGUGGCCAUUCAUAUAAAACCUACAGAUCAGUGUUUUGGAUUUUGAUCAUGUGCGACUUUAAUAGGCAAGUAACAAUGAUUUAUUGAGGUGUCAAAACAUUCAAAUUUUGUUUUCAGGAGAAGAUGCUGUUGAGGAACCUGCUUAUCCAGCUGAUUUUGGAGAUGUUGACAAGAACCCAGAGGAACACCACUUUAAGGAUCCUAAAAAGACGCUGAGGGGUUUCUUUGAAAGAGAAGGUCAGAAACUCAGGUUUUUGAAGUAAAACAAAAAAAACAGCUAAAAUUAUGGACAUUUGGGACACCAUCAAUUUUGUCGUAAGAAAAUCAAUACAGAAUCAAGAGAAAAGGUUUUGAGAAAAUGCUCUGAUCUUUUAUCAAAUUCUCUUAACUAAUUCUUUAAGAAUAUGUACAGAGAUCAGUCUGAAGAAUUUGCAUGUAGAUAUUGGGGCUUAAAGUAUUAAACAAAGUCUUUCAAUGACCCAUCUUAUGAUUAGUGAACCUCCAGAUUUUUUUGUAAAUCUGUUAUUUCAAGUAGAUGAAUACGUUAAUUUUUUCUUCAUGCUACAUAUAUGUGGCUACUUGAACAGCUAGUCUCUGUUUAAAAGACUCACCCAGUGUAUUUGAUGCUCUGGAGUUUAUCGACAGAAAAUAUUUUACAAUACUUGGACACCCACAUAAUACAGAAACAUUGGGCUGUGUCUUAAGUGACCAUGUUAAGUGGUUUCCUCUGUAAUUUCUUGGUAGUGAUUAAUCUUUGCAGUAACCAUUUGUCUUAGGAUUGGAGUUAGAGUAUGAUGUUGAAGAAAAAGGUCCGGGACAUGCAAGAGUAUAUCAUUGCAAAGUCAAGUAAGUUCAAUGAAUUGUACACUCGUAUUUAAAGUGUGCAGUGUAGUGUUCCUGUGGUGUAGUUGCAGUCAUACAGUAGGCUUACACUAUUUUGUAUUAAGAAUACACUGUCAAACCUCCAUGUGAAGCCACCUCUCUUGAGCGACCACCUCCCAUAAGCAGCCACCCCACCUAUCCAAAACGACAAUAUUUUCCCAGUCAGUUUGCUAUAGGUACAUGUAAGACCUCUUGUUAAGUGACUGAGACUACUUUUUGGAGAGACAGUGUAAGAAUUUUCCAUUGCUUUUUAUCCACAGACUCAAACAUAAAAACUGCAUGACAUGUCUCUAUAACAUGAUUUUAGAAAUACAGUGUCACUCACACCAAUUAAGAAAAAAGAGAUGUUUUUCUUGGCGGCUGGGCAUGAGCUUGUGAAAGAGGCAAGAAAUGAAGUUCUCGUGCACUAAAUAGAACCUGGGCCUGAGUUACAAUUUAGGAUAUCAGUUUUCACCCUCAUCAUGUUAUUCAGUGUUGUUUCUUGCCAAACAGUGCAACAGUGUUUUCCCACCCUCCAGCCCUUUGCCAGUUCAAAAAAAAAAUGUGAGUAAGACUGACCACAGUGUAUUAAGUUCAGGAAGGUUUUUCUAUAUGUUCCUUGUUUGUUGUGAAAUGUUUGUGAUGGUUGUGAUUAAGGUGCUGUUGUAUUGUUGUGUGGCAGACAAAUGGCAUUCAGUGGGUAAGAAAUAAGUUAUGCCUAGCAGUGCCAGAUUUAGGGGAAGGGCUCACUAGUCCCCCUUUCGUUAACUAAAAACAAAGUUGUAAGGCCGAGGUACUGAAAACUGAGGGCGGAGGGUGCUUCCCCCUUUACCUCAAGGGUUAGCUCUGCAUUUGUAUAAUCACACACAGUAUUUCUUUCUCACUCAUAGACUUCCCAUUGAUGGUCCAAGUGGAGAGCCACUGUAUGCUGAAGCUGCUGUUGCCGGAAAGAAGAAAGAUGCUGUGCUUGAAUGUGCCUUGGAGGCUUGUAGAAUGUUAGAUGCUUCAGGGCUUCUAAGGCAAUCAUCACAUGGUAAUUAUAAUGGAGUGGUUGCUGAUUAAUCAGUGUUUUCAGUGGCAGCCUUAUGUCUUUGCAGGGGUUAAUAGUGUGAUGCUUGUUAGACUACCAGUAUUACAAAUAAUGUGGACUCUUGAAUUGAAGGUGGUAGGUUUUGUUUAUGUGUACUUAUGUGUGUUUCCCAAAAAAUGCCCUGCAAGUAGAGGUUUUCUUUCUGGCAUGGCUUUUCAGUAUAUUUUGUAAAGUCUUUUGUGGGACUUGUCAGUCGUGUAGUUGGUUUGUUUAUGCUCCAGUAGAAAUGGGGCUUAUUAUUAAAUCAACUACCUCGUAAAUGCUAAACGACAUGCCAGAAAGAAAACCCUUCUCACAGGAUAACCCAAACACUUCUCUCCAGCCACUGUCUUUCUCCCAAGUUCAGUUUCAUCUCCAACCAUUACUUAGGCUUUCUUGACAUAGCUCCUUCAACCUGGCUUUCACAAGCACAAGCUGAACAGGGAACACAGACUUAAAUAGCGGGGUGCUGGAGACAAGCAACAAAUGUUGGUGGGGGAUGCAGGGCUUUAAGUAGGGAGUGCACCCCAUGUUACCUAGAAUAUCUUCAAAAGAAGUGGUCUUGAGUCACCAUGGCUUGUAUAUGUUCCUGAGAUGUUUCACCCCUUUACAGCUUUCUGGUUGAGUUCAUAUUUGACAGUAAAAUAGCGAUCGUGGAUGUGAAUCCUACCUGACAAACCAAGAGUCACUGAGAAGCUGAGACCCAUGGUUUAAAAUUGGAAACUUAAUGGCAAAAAGUUGAAGACUGUGACAUAGGAAGGAAAUGGCAAGAUUUCGACUUCAGAUCUAUAUUAUAAUAUUUUUUUGCAACCUGUGAUUUUCUAGCAUUUUGUAGCAUAAUUAUUUCACCAUUCCUUAACUUACCCAUCCUCGGAGACCCAGGGGCAGAUAGUGGGGGCGAGGGAAAGUCUAAACAGGCGGGAAAAUAUGGCACAAGAGAAAAGUAAAGAACGAUGAGAAGAGCCCCUGGGGACAAUGUCUUACCAGACCAGUUCCAAACGGUCGCCGCCGUUCUGUCUUCUGAUUGGUGCCAGAAAACUUGUGUUUUUCUGGCACCAAUCAGAAGACAGAACGGCGUCGACCGUUUGGAACUGGUCUGGUAAGACAUUGCCCCCAGGGGCUCUUCUCGCCGUUCUUUUCUUUUCUUCGUGUCAUAUUUUUCCGCCCGUUUAGACUUUCCCUUGCCCCCACUAUCUGCCCCUGGGUCUCCGAGGAUGUAACUUACCUUGUUUUUCUGCAUAUGGCUCUUUUUGUUAUGUGAUGUAUGAAUGAUUGAGAAUUUAAUAUAUAGCUCUUAUUUUGUGUGAAUAGUAAGCUCAAUGGAUUUAUGUUGUUCAUCUUAGAAAGUAAAAAGCACAAAGAGAAGAAUUGGGAAGAAAAUGAUUUUUAUGACAGUGAUGAGGACACAUUCUUGGAUAGGACUGGAUCAGGUUGGUAAAUUCAGCUAAAUGUAAAAGUUAUAAGAAAAAUAUUAUCAUUAUGUAGGUGUCAAUGUUUGGACAAAAGGGAGGGGGGAUUAUGGGCAAAAGUGCAGCAUGUGAAUUUUUAGCAUUUUCUCGGUCAAAUUCCCCGCCCUUGUUCAAAUCCGAUAACAUAUCCCUUUCUGCGUUUAAGAAAACCGCAGUUUGGGGCAAAAUUUGUGGUCGACAAAGUGGUUACAAAGGAAGUAUUCAAAUUCCGCACCCAUGCUGUACCCCCCAUCUCAGUCUAAACAUAAAUUUGUACCUGCAUCACAGGGCUGUGCUCUGGCAGAGCCUGGUGGCCGCUGGUGCCGAACGUUUGCUCUUGGGUGGCUAGAAAAUCUUAGUUUUCUCAUACAAAUCAUAUGCUAAGCACCCUAGAUUUUACAGGUUCAGAGCACUGGGCUCCCUUAAAUUUUCCUUAGAUCACAGCCUUGCAUUACACUGACAGCUGAAGUACUUGAGAGAUCGCGUAUGGUGACUACUCAAAUAUUGCUAAAAGAAUAUCAACCAGACAUAGAAUACAGUGAUGAUUAUAGACAAAGACUUGUCAUAAACUUGAUUGGAUAAGUCAGUAUGUCCUUUGUUUUGGUAGUGCUUUUUGUGUUGCAGACUAGCUAGUGCAAUCACCAAAUUAUGUAACACCAAAGAUUGAAAGACAGGAAACAAUACCCAGACCAUACCUAAUAGCCAUACACCAACAACAGUUUUUGCAACAUCCUAGAAACACCCUUUGCUUUCAAUCAAUUCAGUGCCUUCCAGAAUGGUAUGGGUUCAAAUCCCGGCAUCGACACCAUAUGUAGGUUGAGUUUGUUGUUGGCUCUCUGCUUUGCUCCAAGAGGAUUUUCUCCAUGUACUCCAGUUUUCCCCUCUCCUCAAAAACCAACAUUUCCUAAUUCCAAUUCAACUAGAUAUUAGGUAGAUGAAGGACCACUCAGUGGAUGUGCUUCCUCUAAAUUGUUAUUUAUUUAUUUAUUUGAUUCACCAAGUGGUAAUAGUAUUAUUUCAUGCCGAUUUUAAACUUGAAAGCCUUAUUUAUUAAUAAUUAACUGUGAAUAGCUGUACACUGUUAAAUUGUCAGUUUUGAUUUAUUCCUGCAGUUGAAAAAAAGAGAAUCCAAAGGAUGAAGCGUGCUGGUAAAGAUCAGCCAACCUUGGAAACUUAUGAAACAUUGGUGAGUUAUUUUGCAUUCUUACAUACACAUAGUGUUAUUACCUUCUCUGUUCAUCUUCAGUAAUGAAUGUUGUUGUUUUAUUGGCCCCCUAAGGCUCUUUCUCAGUGAUACAAAAAAUGUGCAAUUUUAUAAAGUACCAUAACAUUGCGAAAAUAAGCCCCGGUGCUUAUAUUUUUCAAAGGCCCUUUUUGAGAGGCUUAUUUUUGGAGGGGCUUAUCUAUGGAAGGAAAUUUGCGUUUCAAAAUCGAUUGGGCUAGCCUUAUAGUAGGAAGUAAAUUUACCAUUGUUGCUUUGUUUUACUUUGUAUUUGAGGGCAAUUUUCCAAGUACAGGCCCCCGGGGGGCUUAUAUUUGGAGGGGUGAUUUGACAGAGGGUUUUUUGCGUUACCGGACUGGGGGGCCUAUAUUUGGAGGAGCUUAUACAUGGAGGGGCUUAUUUUUGGAAUUUUACGGUAUACUAUUCUAUAAACUAAGAUUAAAUUAUGGUUUGUUUAGACAGUUAAGCUUAGAACAUUGGACAGUGAAAUUCAUGACUGUGAAAAUAAACUCCACCAAGAUAUGGCUGGUAAGCUCUUAUAACUUAUCGUUUUUGUAUUCAAAAUAAUCUGUGGGUUGCGAGCACAAUACCUGAUUUCCAAGGGCAAUGUCAAGCCGCAAUCAGUGCCAAAAAAUUAGUAGAGACACUUUUUGCCCUAAAGGCCCUUUCUAUUGUUUUGUGGCCUUCAAAAAGGGGAAAUGAAGCUUUUCCUUCUCUACCUCCUCUAUGCAAUGUUGUGCUGCUGUUUUAGCCACCUGUAGGAGACAAAACCACACCCCAACUUUGAAUGGAGCAGAGUCAGAGGGGCUGGGCGGUGGAUGUUGAUUGUUUUGUUCUCUGAAGCAACUCCAUUUGAAGACAAUGUCUCAACAAUUUUGUCAUGGAUUGUGAUAUCCGGAUUAAUCAAGGAUAGUGUUAUCAGCAGAGGCCAAAGGCUGAGGCUGUUAACACUUACAGAGCCCUUGAUUAUUCCAGAUACCAAAAAAUCCUGUUACCCUGUAUUCAGUAUUUCCAUAGUAUCAUUAAUUUUGUUGUAAUAUUUGUUUGAAGCUAAGAGUGGAUCCAACUCUGAAGUCUCUGCAGACUCUUUGGAUGAUUACAUGAGCUCCCUUGGAACCACUAUGGACAAGAAAUCUAGAUCACAGAUAAGGAGAAAAGUGUUUGACCUAAAAAAGGUGCUUUUUAAUUACCAAAAAUCCUCUUUUAAUUAAGUCCCCCUCCUAAAUAAUCAGGGAUAAAAAGUUAUUAACCCCCCUGUCUCUUAUGCUUCCCUCCACUCCCCCUUAUUCUUAAAUGAUAGACAGUAUUAAUACACUUCAUGCAAACUGAUCCAGUAUGAUUCAAUUUGCUGAAAGUUAGGAUUCAUUUUUGAUCAUUGACUGGGGUGAUAAUAAAGAAGAUAAUAUUUUUUGCCUUGUGAUGUAGCAUAGGGAAAGAGAAAUCCAGAAAGACUUAUGUCUCAUGAAGAAAAGUUUCAAGAGGGUGUGCUCCGAUCAGUAAACACAAAUUGUUUUUGGAUUCAUAUUUGAAGUCAAUACUACAAGGGGUGCCUUAAUAAAGCUUCUUAGUUAACUUUGAUAAACUGCUUAAAUUCUCCUUUCUAUCUGCUAUGCAUAUGCUUUUGAAUGAGAGGGAGAAUUCAUAUGGAUCGGGAUUCACCUGGGGACUUAUUGCACUCAGUCACUCACUGUUUAUUGUUAUGGGGUUGAGAUCAUGUGGGAGAUUGUUGGGGCAGGUGAGGCUCAAUGGAAUUACCGGUAUAGUAGAUAAAUGGUCAAAGUCAUUUAUUGAUUAUUGAAUAAUUAUUUCCACCACAUUUUAUAACAAGUUCCAGGGUGUUGAACAUUAUGCAUCGGAGAUCGAUGAAUUUUCCGUUUUCUUUGCAGAAUUCUUUGUUAAAUGUUUGGUAGCCCAUGAAUAUUUUUUUAUUUAGACAUAGCCUCUUUCAAAAUAUUCUCCUGUAGCAUUACACCUUUCUCUUGAUACUAGAAUUCGUAAGUCCUCUUUUGUUCAUCUGCAGGAAAGGCAAAGUCUUGUUAAACUUUUGAAUGUGGCUAAACCAGCAAGUCUGCCUCCAGUUGCAGAGUAAGUGUUAUUGAAACUCAUUUUAAUCUCUCAAACCCCUUGCAGCCAGGUGUGAUGUGUUAUUCUGACUGUUAACCCAUUCGCCCCUGAACCGCCCGUAACCGCCCGUGCGGAUCCAGGUCCUUUCUACCCUUUGUGACGUCAUCAGUUUUAACGGUCAAGGACAACUUUCUUCGCUAACUUGUGCAGAGUGAAGAGAUCUUUCAACCCAUACCAGAAUGAGCACAAUUCAGUCAAGGACACUGGAGAAAGAAGCAAAAAACCACGUGACAAGGACCUGAAAAUCUCCAUGAAAAUCUUGUUCCAUUACCCACCUACCUUUCCUUUCACCUAAUCCUAAGACCCUAAAAGCUUUCCUAAAAACUCUUCCCACCAAAAUGAAGCCUACUAAAUGCCCAGCAAGAGAAAAAAAAAAUGAGGCAAGAAAAGCGAAAAAAGAAGGGAGUAGAGAAAGCGAAAAGUAAAAGUCAAGACUGCUGUGUCACUUUUAAACCCAAAAACUAUGUCGAAAUUUUGCUUUCUGCGCAUGCCCGAACUUCACAAGCUGAUAUUUUGCAUCUGGAUCAGAAGGCCGCCAAGUGUACGACCUGUAAACCGGUUUGUGGUAAGUUUUAGCUCUUUAUAGCACGACAGUGACCAGAAAACCACUCGACUAAGCUUCAAAACGCCUUUUUCGGCAAAAUCUCUACGAGCGAAUGGGUUAAGAAUGUGAAAAAUAAAGUUCUUUUCUAUGACACAUCAAAUUAAACCUUUUUGGCAUAUUAUUUUGUGCUCUCGUUUUGGGAGUCAGAGUGGUUUAUCAAAUAAGAGGUUGGUGCAGUAAUAGUUUCUUCAUGCAACAGUUAUCUCAUUGAGCUCCAGGUGAGCAGGUGAGUGAGGGUUUCCUGUGGCAUAAAUGCACGCACUUUUACCCCACCUGCGGACAUACAUCAACCUACCUAAUUAGGUGGUAUCUAUGGCACAGGAAAAAAUAACGGAUUCCCAUUUUUGGAUAUUUUAGGGUAUUUAAAAAAUACCCAUAAAAAUCCCAAAUUUGGCAAAAGUGAGACAAGUCCCAACCGGGGAAUUCCCAACUAUAAGUUCCCAGAUUGGGCUUGUCCCACUCUUCCAAAUUUGGGAUUUUUGUGGGUAUUCUUUAAAUACCCUAAAAUAUCCCAAAAUGGGAACCCAUUAUUUUUUCCUGUGUAGUAAGCAUGCUGUAGUAUUAUUAAAAAAUAAAACACUUAUUUUGUCUUUAACAGGUACUUUUCAGUAGUUUCUAAAAAAAUGUCUUUGCAUUUAUCCAGGUCACCUUCAAAUGAAUCAGUUGUUAAAAAUAGUAAGUAUUUGAAGAUAUUAAUAUUAGGGGUGACGAAUGGCCUUUCAAAAAUGUUGAGUCUCGGCAAAUUUAAGCCGAGUCUCGUAAUCUCGGCGCUUAAAAAAAGCGUCUCGGAAUCUCGGAUUUCCCAGAAAUAUGACGGUCUCGGAGUCUCGGAUUUUGAAAAUUUGGAUCUCGGAGUCUCGGAUUUUGAAAAUUUGGAUCUCGAAAUCUCGCCAAUGGGACGUUCAAUUUUUUAUCCAUAAGCUUAUCUGAAACGAAAAUUAAGAAAUUUACCCUGCGGGGUUUCUUUGGGGUCCAUGCAGAUAUCUGGCGUGUGAAAGCCGCAAGAUGCUGAAUAAGUUUAAAUAGCUAAGAAUCACACGGGAGCCGGAGAAAGUUACGGAAUUCUAACACUAGCUAACACUCAUUGACCUACUUUAGCUUUCUUUAGGGUGUCACAUGUAGCUACAUGUCAACACACACGCAAGGAGUUUUUCACUCAGUAGGUGUUCAGCGACGUAAAAUAUAUUUUUUUAGUCCUUUCCACAACAAAAGCUAACAAAUAGAACAGUCUAUCCGUCUGUCCAUUGUCCUUCUAUCCCAAUCUUUUCACAGUGUAAGACUGGUAUAAGGUUGUGAAGUCAUUCACCGAAAGCCUGCUUGCAUGGUAAAAUAACGCUCCAGGAACUGAGCUACUGUGGCUUGUUGCCAGAUAUAGUCCGAAGUACAACACUACAACAUGAACUAAAGCUAACUAAGAGUCUACUAAGCUUAACUAACAUAGCUUAACAUGGCUGACAGAAACACGAAUCGAACAAAACGCAUCGUUCGACGACGUUGUUAAAAGCUACAAAUAGAAGCUAAUAGUCCGAUCGACGAGCUGCGACGGUAAUAGUAGCUAAUAGUAGCAAAUAGUAAUGCACUUUAAGCUCUAAGCAAGACGAUCUUAUAACUUACCGUGUUUGCGUUUAAUUCCUUUCGUUGCUUCAAAACCCUCUUCUAUUUCCUCUUCACUCUCUGCCAUAUGCAGUAGUAGCUAGUCGAAAGCCGAUCGUUCGCAAAUUUACGCGUGCCAGAAACCGACAGAUCAAGAGAUCAGAAGCUAUCAGAAGGCGUGUGAAUUUUAAACCAGGCAGAAUGUCGAAUUAUUAGUUUAACUAGUUUAUAAAGUAACUAACCAGGUUAAUAAGUAGACUAUAAGCAGUAAUGCGUUACUUAAUACGUUUUUAAUACGUUUUUAAAUUUAAAAUACGUUUUUAAUACGUUUUUAAAUUUAAUUUAAUUUUAAUUUUUAAAUUAAAAUUUUAUGUCUCUGACUGGUAGACUAGAUAAGUUAAUGGUUUUAAUACAAAACCAAUGUUUUGGGAUGAGUGGAAAAAUAUUUGUUGUGAUGCCCACAAAAGCUCAGAGCGCUGUAUCUCGUAUUUUCGGAUCAAGUGCAUCUCGGGCUCGGAUUUUUGGAUCACUGCGUCUCGGGCUCGGAUUUUUUUUUAGCGCUAAGUCUCGGGCUCGGAUUUUACAAACAAAUUUAAGGCUCGGGCUCGGAUUUUUAAACUAGGGUCUUGGCGUCUCGGCAAGGCUCGGAUUUUACCAUUCGUCACCCCUAAUAUUAUAAAUCUGAGGCCAUGAUGUCUGUAACUGGGAUAAUCUGAUUACAAGCAAGGAUCAUUGCUUUAUUUUGAUAUCUCAAAAAUAUCAGUGUUCUUAUCUCCUUUAUCCUCGUUUAGGUGGGGUAGUUACGAUGACAAAGUCUGAAACAAGUGAUUGUACAUCAGCACCGACUGUAGAUCAAAAUACAGAUUCUCGACAUGAAUCAGUUACUUUGAUGGAAGAAAAACAAAAGGAUGAAAGUUUGUCCAGGGAAAGCUCAGUAACUUCUGCAAGAAUCAGUGAUAAAAACAGUCCAGAAAAAGAACAAGAGUUUGCUGUUCCUACAUUGCCUUCUUUAACCAGAGGGAAAAAUAGAACAUCUAAAACAAUUUUAACAGAGGAGAAGAUAGUGGAAGAUAAAGAGACUAACAUUAAGGAAAAGACUAAAGAUUCUGCAAAAACUGAUGAAGACAAAAAAGAUGAAAGAAAAAGAGUUGGGUUGAGUGUAUCAGCAGAUGUAAAGGGUGAGGAUUUAAAUGAGAAGACUGAAGAAAAUGUAAGUAUAAACAGUUUUAUACUUGUACGUUACAUGUACCUCACACUUACAGGUUGUAGGUGUUACAGGUCAAAUUUUAUCUCAGGUUAA